UUCGGCGAAACGGCUUUGGACGAAAUGGCUUUCGACUCUACUGUCUUCCAUAUUUGCUUCUUGCAAUACUUCAGUGCUCAAUCGAAGUCGAUGUGCGUGGAAAGUGCUUCUAUUCAAAAUGUUACUGUCGCCUGUGCAGCAAUGGUAUUCUGGUAAAACUAUAUUCGUUACUGGAGGAUCAGGAUUUAUGGGGAAGGUACUAUUGGAAAAAAUUAUGUAUGCAUGUUCUGAUAUUCGUGCAAUUUACAUUUUAAUACGCCCAAAACGUAAUAAAGUUCCUCAGGCUCGGGUUGAAGAUUGGUAUAAGUUACCGGUGUUUCAACGCAUAAAAAACGAAAAACCAGACAUGUUCAAAAAAUUGAUUCCGGUACAAGGUGAUGUCACAUUUGAUGAACUGGGGAUUUCUACUGAUAAUUUGAGGCAGCUUAUUAAUGAAACCGAAAUUGUUUUCCAUUGCGCAGCGACAUUAAAAUUAGAUGCCAAGCUGAAGGAUGCUAUCGAGCUAAAUACUACUGGGACGAAACGUGUAUUGGAUUUAUGCAAACGAUUGAAGAAAUUGCAAGUGUUAUUGCACUUAUCAACAGCAUUUUGUUAUUGCGACAAGGAAGUUUUAAAUGAACGAGUGUAUGACUUCAAACACAACCCAUAUGACAUAAUGCGGAUUACUGAAUGGAUGGACGAAAAAACCAUAGAUAUGAUAACACCAAUUCUGCUUAAACCUCACCCAAAUUCUUACACUUACUCAAAACGACUAAGCGAGUGUCUUGUGAGAGAUAAUUACCCAGAGCUGCCGGUGUGCAUUGUAAGACCUAGUAUUGUUUGUCCUGCAAAUAGAGAACCUGUGGAAGGAUGGGUUGACAGUCUUAACGGACCCGUAGGCAUUAUGGUAGCAGGUGGAAAGGGAAUUAUGCGGUCAAUGCUCUGCAAUGGCGAAUACAAUGCGGAGGUGAUUCCAGUCGAUAUCGCUAUAAAUGGUUUGAUAACUAUUGCGUACACCGUAGGAAAAAUGAAAGAAUUACCGCCAGAAAUACCCGUGUUCAACGUAACUUGCCGAGAAACCAAACGCUUAACUUGGAAAGAGGUACUGGAGCUGGGAAAAUCUACUUGCUAUGAGUAUCCGUUCGAGGCUGGCGUGUGGUAUCCUGACGGAGACAUUACAACAAAUAAAAUUUAUCACACAAUAUGUGUACUUUUAUUUCACUGGAUUCCAGCGUACUUCAUAGAUUUUCUAAUGUUCUGUUUUUGCCAGAAGAGAUUUAUGUGCCGUGUGCAGACGAUGGUUUCACAAGGAUUAGAUAUGUUACAAUUUUUCACAACAAGACAGUGGGAUUUCAAAUCUCAACAAUAUCAGGCCAUAGCAAAAGAUCUCAACCUGGAAGAUUUUGAAAUGUUUGACAUGGAUGUUGAUCGCAUUGAUACAAAAGAAUAUUUGAGGAGAAUCAUACUGGGUGGACGACAAUAUUGUUUGAAAGAACCACUCUCUUCCAUACCUAAAGCAAGGCUUCAACUGAAAGGAUUAUAUAUUUUAGACAAAGUGGUGAAAGCAUUUAUUAUAUGGUUCUUAGCAUGGGCAUUAUGUACCGCUACAGGAAUAAACCAAGUGUUUAGAGAUUAACUUCAUGGUACAGGAAUAAACCACGUGUUUAGAGAUUAACUUCAACUGUGUAUAGCUACCUUGCUAUUGUACAAUCUUUCUGUUACUAUUAUUAGGUUUAAUACUGAUGGAGUUGGAUAAAUAAACGGAUUGGUCAAAGGUG